CUCCCACCUUUUCAACCUCGAGUGUUGCGCCGUUCACAGAUCCGGCUCUUCUUUGAAAGAAUGCCACCCCAUUCCAGUCCCCACCCUCAGCACAAUUGCGGUACAUAAAGUCCUCCUCUCCGACUACCUCCCGCCUUGUUAUACGAUCCUCGUCGCCUAGAAUUUAAUUUGCACAUCUUUGGUGUCGCACUGAUGAAAACAUGAGUUCCGUAACGUUUACAAGGGCUUCUAUCGCUCCAGUAGUGGGCGCGAAUGGCACGAUGUCCUCUAAUACAAGUAAUGAUCGCCGGGUGCCUGCAAAGGAAAUCAGUACGAACAUGUUUAAUGGUAGCUCGGGUACGGGAAAGUCGCCAUAUCGCCAUAUAGAUGAUUUGGUGUCGGUUGGCGUCGACCUCGACCCUCAUACUCCUCUACGAAAAAUCCUCGAGCUUGGAGAUGCCCAUAUGCGACAGGCAACAACCUAUAGCGAUUUCCGCCGUCCUGAUUUGGCACUGCAAGAGUACAUCAAAGCAUUUACAAUCGCUGUCGAUAAAGUACCCAGGCAUAAAGAUUAUCCCUCUAUGAGUUCCGACCGCGGAGACUUGAACCGCUUAUACAAGGCCCUCAAGAUGAAAAUAACUACUAAUGGAGCUAUUUUCGACAAGAUUAAGGAGGAAAUCAAAGAGGAUAAUAGGCGGAGUGGUGUGCAGCCAACAAUCUCUUCUAAGCGUUCCUUCGAACUCGCCCGCUUGAACUGGCCUAACCCAUCUUCGACGCCGCAGCAGGUUCAGGCAAACCAUUCCAUGGGCCCCCAAAGUAAUGGACUUAAAAAUGAACUAGAAGCUCUAAAUAGAGGAGAUAUUACGGACGAUACUGGCGGCAACGCGGCUGGGGGACGUAGGCCAAAGCCAAUGAUACAACCAAAGCCACAAGCAUUGCAUGGAAGAGCUAUUAAGCAGACCCAAAAGGACUCCCCCGAAGAUCUCGCAAAUAGAUUUGCGCGGUUGCGUGCUACUCAAAAGUCUCGAAACGCCACUAAAGCACUCGACCAGGCCCAAUCGGCCGUUACCGAAGAGUCCACUCCAAGCCAGACGUUACCUUUAGUUGAUACGUCUAUACUUACGAUGCCAAAGCUUCCAGAAGCCAUAUAUAGUCCCGCGAGAGGUACCGUAACUAGCGAGAUCGCUAACCUUCCUUCCAGCACCCCUCGUGGUAUGUUCAGUCGGACAAAUUCGAUCACCUCGGCCCCUAGUGUCUUAGCUCGCAUAUCGACGGAAAAUGCCAUCAGGGCGUUUAGCAGAGAACAGUUUGUGGCGGCCCAUUCUUACCGGGUCCCCCAACCGUCAGCUACGCUAACGGAAUUUCAAAUUCCAGACGGCGAUGAUAUCACAGCCGAAACACUUGCAGGUCUCUUAAACCAGUACCCGCAGAUUGACGUUUUAGUAAUUGAUGUUCGGGAUCGUGAGUCUUUUGAUGAGGGACAUAUCAAAUCAGUCAAGACGAUUUGUAUCGAGCCUGAGAUUCUAAUGCGAGAAAAUAUAUCCGCAGAUGAGAUUGCUGAUAGCAUGGUUCUUGCCCCUCCAAGUGAGAGGCUCGCGGUUGAGCAACGCGACAAGGUUGACUUGGUGGUUAUCUAUGAUCAGAAUAGCGCUUCAAUAUCGUCUAGGAUAACUGGAGAUUCUUUAGAAAUGGUCCUGUACAAUAUCCGACAAGCCUUGUCGUACUAUAGUUAUAGCCGACCGCUCAAACGCGCCCCAAAGCUGCUGAGAGGUGGUCUGAACUCAUGGGUGCAGGAAUUUGGAGAGCAAUCUCUCGAGACUUCCGAGACUACGUCAAACUACGUCUCUCCGAGCUCGGCUUCGAGGCACGGGUACGGCGACAGAAGACGAACCCGGACCAAGACCAAGACCCUUAAUCAAGAUGAGAUUAGUCAAUUCGAGGAUAUGAUAAAAAAUGACCAGAUGGGACUUGACAAUUUCGACAAUUUCGACUAUGUCAAAACAAGGGAAGACUUUAUCCGUCGCUAUCCUAGUAUAAUAGGCGACCCCGAAUCCAUGACUUCUGUUAAGGGGGACUUGGAUUCGCAGGAAGACUUCCUAGUCAGCAUAGCUCCCACACCUCCUAAGCUGCCGGCACCUGCUAUCCCAAGAACUAGGUAUAGUGGCUUAGAAUCUAUGGAUGACGACUCGAGUGUUGGUGGUAUUGCCAUGACAGCAACAAGACAACGAGCCCUAGCAGACUGGCCGGCGGAUAAUCAACUCCUAACUGGACUCCGGAACCUUGGAAAUACAUGCUACUGCAAUUCAACCAUACAAGUAUUACUUGCUUCACAUGGGUUCAUCGGCGGUAUACUCGAAGAACGAUGGCCUCAGGACUGGCGUCAAGCAGGCGAUAAAGAACCUACUUCACCACAGCUACUAUCCAAGAUUUUAAAAACGACAUUGAUGUGGCUAUACCAGAAGCGGCUCAAGGACGCGGUACCAACUGCACUCCUGAAAUAUAUGCGUUCUGUCCACACAGGAUACUAUGUUAAUCCUGGUAACAGGCUUGUCAGACUAGGCGAUGAUAACCAACACGACACCGACGAGCUGUUUUCUUUCAUGUUUGAUGAAAUCGCAGCUGAAACCAACGUGAGCCAGCGUUUCUUCCAAGCCAUGAACAACGUCGCCAUACCGCCCAACACGCGCGACGAUGUUGCAGCCUUAGUGGAUCAAUAUCGACAACAGUGGCGGAUUAGCUUACCUCAUAACUUCAUUGAUACCCAUUGGUCGGUGUUUACGCUGGUUGAACGAAAGUGCGAUGCUUGUGGAAACCGCACCUUUCAGCGAGAUUCAAACCGUUGCUUAAUAGUGACGCCCCCAGAUACGACGAAAAGUCGAUCGCCCAAUCAAGUGCUCAAACUUGAAGACCUUCUUCACCGCGAGUAUGGAUCUGAAAAACUCGAAAUGACCUGUGGAAAUAAAGCUUGCGGGCACAAACAUGCUCAAUCUACAUCCCGAUUAGCGAAGCUACCUCGCCUGCUGCGCGUACAUAUAAGAAGGGCGACGGGCGGCAACGAAAAAGUUCUCACUCAGGUCUCCUUCCCCCUUGAGCUUGACCUUCAGCCUUGGAGCUGCGAUGAAUCGGUGCGAGCAGAGGCUGGUAAAAUCCUAGGCAUCAAUUUCCACGACGGCCUCGUAUGUCCUACCCAGUACGAGCUCUACGCCAUCCAAUGUCAUAUCGGCACAAACACUAACUCGGGCCACUACUGGUGCUGGCUCAAGGACCAGCAGAAGGACACAUGGAUUCACUGUAACGACACGACUAUAACGUUGUACUCCGGGAGGGCCUGGAGAGCAGAGCUCGAGAAGAUGUACAAGUGCUCGAAGCGGGAGACGCCCGUCCAGCUGUACUACAAGCGCAGAGAUAUUCUUUACACCUGGGAGGAAGAGAAGUGA